AUGACGAAAUCUAAUGCAGUAGAGGGCUGGGUUUGGGAUAGAUUCCAAAAAUCAGUACGAAUGUCGACAUACCUUGUGGCUUUCGUUGUGUCUGAAUACAAACCUUUGGUCGCUCCAAAAGCCCCUACCAAUAAUGUGAUAUUCAAAAUUUGGUUUUCGGAUCACGAAAACAAUCUAACCAGCUUAGCAGCGAAUACGGCCCCAAAAGGGUUAGAAUUCUUCGAACAGUACCUUAAUAUCAAAUACGUUCUUCCAAAACUAGAUAUGGUAGCUGUAACAAACUUUUGGAAUAGUGCUGUGGAGAAUUGGGGCCUAAUAAUCUUCCGGAAAAUGUAUCUUAUUUAUAAUCCCAAUUUCUUGUCACACUCAAAAAUUACAACCAUUACGAAUCUUAUUUUCCACGAGCUGGCUCACCAAUGGUUUGGAAAUUUAGUUACAAUAAAGUGGUGGAGUGAUAUAUGGCUUAAUGAAGGUUUUGCCACUUUCAUGGCAGCAUUAGCAGUUCAUCAUCUUUAUCCUGAAUGGGAUUCGCUUAAUGAAGAAAGAAUAAAUGAUGUUUCAAUGAUAUUUUCUAUCGAUUGUNAAAAAUUGUUAUUUGCUGUCAAAGGUCUCUGA